GUCGCUGAGAAAGGUGGUGUGGCGCUGUUUAAGGUUUCAAAGUUCAGUAGUGAACAGGACGCACAACAACAACAUCUCCAAGUAUUUGUUGGACACCAUGGCGUUUUACAGCCGAGUUUCAGGCUCUGUUGGCAUGAUUACUCUGCAGAACCCUCCCGUCAAUGCACUGAGCGCUCCGGUGAGGCAAGGCAUUGUUGACACGAUUCACAGAGCCCUCAGUGAGCCAGAGGUGAAGUCUGUGGUAAUAUGUGGCCAGAAUGGGACAUUCUGCGGAGGAGCAGACAUCAAGGAGUUCGGGGCCAACAUGAGCGGACCUCCUCUGGUGCCAAUGAUCCAUCUGAUCGAGGCGGCAGCCAAACCGGUGGUGGCAGCCAUAGAAGGGAUCGCUUUAGGCGGCGGCCUGGAGUUGGCGCUGGGUUGUCACUAUCGUGUCGCGAACUCUAAGGCCAGACUUGGACUUCCAGAGGUGACUUUGGGUCUGCUGCCGGGCGCAGGAGGAACUCAGCGUCUGCCGAGGCUCAUCGGCGUCCCAGCUGCCUUGGAGCUCAUCACCACAGGCCGUCAUGUGACCGCCGCUGAGGCCCUGCAGCUCGGAAUAAUUGAUGAGGUGACGGAUCACAACGCCGUGGACGCAGCCGUGAAGCUCGCUCAGAGUGUUGCAGGCAAACCUUUGGACGCGCGUCGCAUCAGCACCUAUCCAUGUCCGCGCCCCCCCGACUCGGACGUGGUCUUUGAGAAAGUGAUGCAAGAGGUGCGGCGUCACGCCCGCGGAGCCAUAGCACCGGGUACCUGCGUCCAGGCAGUUCGCGCCGCUGUCGCUCUGCCCUACGCUAAGGGUAUGGAGAGGGAGAAGGAGCUGUUCGCCACGCUCUUCACAUCCGGCCAGGCCCGCGCCCUGCAGUACUACUUCUUCGCCCAGAGGGCCAUCGGCAGGUGGAGCACGCCCAGCGGAGCCCGCUGGGACACCAGCAAGCCCAGGCCUGUGCGUAAAGCAGCUGUCAUCGGGCUCGGCACGAUGGGACGCGGUAUAACCGUGUCCCUGGCCCAGGCGGGGUUGUCCGUGGUUGCGGUGGAGACCCAGGAGAAGCAGCUGCUGGCGGCAAAGCAGGCUGUCACUGGCAUGCUGGAGAGGGGGGCCAAGAGAAGAGGGGCGCCCCUGGUCCUUGAUCAAAUCAAAUACGGCCGCAGCGUCCAGGCUGCGGCAGAUGUUGACCUAGUCAUCGAAGCCGUGUUUGAGGACAUGGCUCUGAAGAGAAGCAUCUUCCAGCAGCUGUCGCGUCUAUGCAAACCGGGGACGCUCCUGUGCACAAACACCUCCGGGCUGGACAUAGACGAGCUGGCUUCUCAAACCCAGAGCCCGGAGCUGGUGGUUGGGAUGCACUUCUUCGCUCCAGCUCACGUCAUGAAACUUCUCGAGGUGGUGCACGGGCCGCGCUCAUCCCCCGAAGCGCUGGCCACGGCCAUGCAGCUGGGAAAGAAGAUGGGAAAGGUGAGCGUUGCCGUUGGAAACUGCCGAUGCUUUGUAGGCAACCGGAUGCUGAGGCCUUACGUGAUGCAAGCAUACUUCCUCCUGGAAGAAGGAGCCACACCUGAGCAGGUGGAUCAGGUGCUGGAAGAGUUCGGGUUUCCUAUGGGUGUAUUCAAGAUGUCCGACCUGUCCGGGCUGGAUGUCGCUUGGAGAAUGAGGAAGGCAGAGGGUUUAGUUUUGCCCGCCUCUGCAGGAGAGUCCGCCAGAAUCCGAGAAGGCAGCAGAUACAGCCCUCUGGGAGACCUGAUCUGUGAGCAGGGGAGGUUUGGUCAGAAAACAGGCAGAGGGUGGUAUCAGUAUGAUAAACCCGGCGGUCGUGUGGCUAAACCCGACCCUUGGCUGCACGGAUUUCUGGAGGAGUACCGAACCCGGCAUGGGUUGGCGGCCCGCCGCAUAGAUCACCAGGAGGUGCUGGAGCGCUGCCUCUAUGCGCUGAUUAAUGAGGGUUUCCAGAUCCUCCAGGAUGGAAUAGCUGCAGGACCAGAAGACAUUGACGUGAUCUAUGUGCUGGGAUACGGCUGGCCCCGCCACCGUGGGGGUCCCAUGUUCUUCGCUGGCCAGGUGGGUCUGGACAAGGUUUUGGAGAGGCUGGAGCACUACCACCAGGUGCACCCUGAUGUUCCAGCUCUGAAGCCCUGCAGCCUGCUCAGGAGGCUGGCUGCCAGCGGCAGCCCGCCAAUCUCCAGAUGGAGGGAAAUCCUCCAGAAACCCCGCAGCCAGCUCUAAACUUCAGCUCACCUUCAGUGUGUGAGCAGGUUUUGCUAAUCAUUAAUGCUAACUGACCAAAUGAUUGUAAAUGUACUUUGUACUCACAUGUAGUCAUAACGAUAACUGUAAUAAUUACAUAAAUAACUGUAUUUGUCGUUGCAAGGGUAACAAUUGUUAAAGUAGGGCUUAAUCUGCUCAAGAACCUACAGCGCUGAAGCAUUUGCCAAUUUACAAAUUUGUUUUUGCCAUUUUUGCUGCACUGAAUUGAUUCAGAUAUGACUCAGACUUAAAUAACAGAAACCUAACCUGGAUCAAAGCAAAAUGCUGUUUUCAACUGAUUACUUAUGAAGGGGAAUAGCUCUCCUCAAAAUCAACCUGACCUUAUUGGGAAAAAGUGAUUUCCCGCUGAAUGGUUCUUUGUUCUUAAAUGGCUUGUUUAAGACCACACCGCGGCCUCUUAGUUAGAAUAAAGUCCAGACUUUGACUAGACCACUGCAAAAC